AUGCCUUCCACAUAUAAGAAGGAAAAGCCAUGGGAUACGGAUGACAUCGAUAAGUGGAAGAUCGAUGAAUUCAAACCUGAAGACAAUGCAGCGGGCAGUUUCGCCGAGGAGUCGUCCUUCAUGACGCUCUUCCCUAAAUACCGUGAACAGUAUCUGAAGGAGGCAUGGCCCGGUGUCACCCGAUCACUGGAAAAAAUGGGAAUCGCGUGCACACUGGAUUUGGUGGAGGGAAGCAUGACCGUCAAGACUACCCGAAAGACCUACGAUCCCGCUGCGAUUCUCAAGGCUCGUGACCUGAUCAAGCUGCUUGCCCGAAGCGUUCCCGUCACUCAGGCGCUCAAGAUCUUGCAGGACGACGUGGCAUGCGACAUCAUCAAGAUUCGGAACCAAGUGCGGAACAAAGAGCGCUUUGUCAAGCGCCGACAACGCAUUCUCGGCCCCAACGGCUCGACCCUGAAGGCUCUCGAGUUGCUGACCAGUACCUAUAUUCUGGUGCAAGGAAACACCGUGGCAGUGAUGGGUCCGUUCAAGGGUCUGAAGGAAGUCCGGAGAAUUGUCGAUGAUUGCAUGGCGAACAUUCACCCGAUCUACCACAUCAAGGAGUUGAUGAUCAAGCGCGAGUUGGCCAAGGACCCGACACUGGCGACCGAAUCAUGGGAUCGAUUCCUGCCCAACUUCAAGAAGCGCACUCUGUCCAAGCGUCGUGUCCCAUUCAAGGUCACCGACAAGGAGAAGAAGGUGUACACUCCCUUCCCUCCUGCACCCGAGAAGAGCAAGGUCGACUUGCAGAUCGAAUCUGGAGAAUACUUCCUGUCCAAGGAGGCCAAGGAUCGCGCGCACAAGGAAGAAGUCAUGGAGCGUCAGCGUGUCAAGCGCGAGGAGAAGAUGCGCGAGCGCGAGAAGGACUUUGUGGCGCCCGAGGAGCAGACUCCGGCCGAUCUCGACAAGGAAAAGAAGAAGAAGAAGAAGGAGAAAAAGGAAAAGAAGGAGAAGAAAGAGAAGAGCAAGCGCAAGCGCGACCACGACACCGACGGAGAGGAGCCCACCGAGCAAAGCGAAAAGAAGAAAAAGAAAAAGAGCAAGUCCAAGGAGCCUUCAUCGGACGAAGAGUAA